CAAAGCCCUCGCAGGCGUACCCAUGUAUCAAAACCAGUUCACAGACUGGUACAGAUGGAUGUCAGUGGUCUACGGGAUUGGCACCUGGACUCUGGUGACCUCAAUGUUUUAGUUCAGCUGAAAAAUGGCGAGGCCAUCAGGUGAUAAGGUAGAGCAAAAGGAUGUCUCAACAAGUGAAGGACCCAGUGAACUAUCUGAACUCCCAAAGGGAGUAAUCAUUGUCACAUAUAAAGAUUUUGUUCCAAUUACUGAAAAGAUCCUCAACUACUGGAAAUCAUGGACUAGUGGCCCUGGUGCAGAACCACUACUGGCUGCUGCAUUCUGAAAACCAGGCCUUCGUUCAACAUUUAAAUUUGAAAGAUGCCUUGAUUCCCAUUUUGCACUUAAGAAAAGUGUAUGUAUUUAAUUUUGCUAUAAAACAUAAUCAAUAAUAAUAUGCAAUA